AGAGAUGUGUUCUAGUUCUUCUGUUAUCUCAUUAUCAGCAUUUACACAGAAACAAAGUCCACUGAACUGACAGAUAUCAGGGGUCAAAGGUCACUGCAGACAGAAGAACUGAUUCUGCUGAACUGCAGAAAGACCAGAGACAAAUGAGCAGAGGAAGAACUCAGAGAGAGGAAGAAGGAUUUAAAAAAACGUGACAGAUACAGGAAGGAAGAUUUCACAACCGAGUGUAAAGAAAGAAGAAAGGAGACCAAACCAAAGCUUUAACAGAAAAUUUAACUUCUGACAGAAAUUACUCCUGAGACAUACUGUAACAGAGUAACUGAGAAUCAGACAAAGUGAGACGGAACCUGGUUUCUGUUGAGGUUUAACUCUGAGAACGUUGAGAACAUCUGGAUGCACAGCUGCUGUUGUUGGAGAAACACUGGAGGUUCAAGUUCAUUCUGUUAUUGUUGAUCAGAUCCUCAAAGGAUAAUGGCCGUCAGCUCACCGAGAGACAAGUAUUUUGGCGUCUGGCUGAUCUUCUUCAUGCUCGGUUUGGGGACGCUGCUGCCCUGGAACUUCUUCAUGACUGCCACCAUGUACUUCACCAGCCGUCUGAAGGACUCUUCAUUGGUCGAUUCUCAUGCCAAUCAGACGGAGGCAUCCGGUGAGCACCGCAGCCUCCUGGAGGCCAAGUUCAACAACGUGAUGACGCUGUGCGCCAUGCUGCCACUGCUUCUCUGCACCUGCCUCAACUCCUUCCUGCACUCACUUAUUCCUCAGCGUCUGCGUGUGAUGGGCAGUCUGCUCAUCAUCAUGUUUGUCUUCAUCGCCACCGCGGUUCUCGUUAAAGUUCCUCUGGAGCCCUUCCCCUUUUUCUCCAUUACCAUGGCGAAGAUCGUCAUCAUCAACUCGUUCGGGGCGGUGCUUCAGGGCAGUCUGUUUGGGAUGGCCGGGUUGCUGCCGUCUUCUUAUACGACUCCGAUCAUGAGCGGACAGGGACUCGCUGGAACCUUUGCUGCCUUCGCCAUGAUCUGUGCCAUCGCAAGUGGCUCAGAGCUUCAUGAUGCAGCGUUUGGUUAUUUCAUCACCGCCUGUUUUGUUAUUUUUCUGUCCAUCCUCUCCUACAUCCUGCUGCCUAAACUGAAGUUUUUCCAGUUUCAUCAGGAGAGAAACAGGAAACAGAGACCAGAGGAGAACUCCUUAAACUUGAUGAACAGAGGUGAAGCAGCUGAUGAGGACAUCAAACAGAACGUCUCCAUGAUAAACAUAUUUAAGAAGAUCUGGCUCCUGGCUCUGUUGGUGUGUUUCACAUUCACCGUCACCAUCGGAACGUUCCCCGCCAUCACCGCCGACACCAGAUCCUCCCUGGCUGAUGGGCGUUCCUGGGAACAGUUCUUCAUCCCUGUCUGCUGCUUCCUGCUCUUUAACCUGUGUGACUGGGCCGGGCGGAGUUUAACGGCCGUUUGCACCUGGCCGAGGAAGGACAGCAUGGUACUUCCUGUGUCCGUCGUGUGUCGUCUCAUCUUCGUCCCACUCUUCAUGCUGUGUAACGUUCAGCCUCGUCAACACCUGCCCAUCUUCUUCCAUCAUGACGGCUGGUUCAUCUUCUUCAUGGUCCUCUUUGCCUUCAGUAACGGAUACCUGGCCAGCCUCUGCAUGUGCUUUGGUCCAAAGAAUGUUCUCCCUCAUGAAGCAGAAACAGCCGGAGCCAUCAUGGCUUUCUUUCUGUCGCUGGGUUUGGCUUUAGGUGCUGCUCUGUCCUUUGUCUUAAGAGCACUAGUUUAACAGCAAACCACAUCUUUAUUACUGGAUUAACAUGUAAACAAACUGCUUAUAACUGGUUCAACUGGAAAACUACCUGCUUACCAUUGGAUGAACUGGGAGACGAAACACCCAGUUUUUUCUCAAACUUUUCAUUAAAGGAUUUAUGUUAAAGUUAAAGUUUCCGUCUUGUUACGAGUUUUCAAGAUGAACCAGAAACUUUGAGAGAACAAGUUAAAAGUUUCUGCUUUCAUGAAGCUCAACAGACCAAAGUUAACAUCCUGAUGGUGGAGCUACAGGAACAUCAUCAGGAACGUCAUCAGGAACGUCAUCAGGAACGUCAUCAGGAACGUCAUCAGGAACAUAAACUUCUACAGGGAAGUUGAUCUCUGUCUGUUAAACGCUGACGGAACAAACUGAUCAGAGGACAUUGUCUCCCUCCCUCACUCCGUAUACCUAUAUAUGUAUCCAGACCUUGAUGUAUAUAUGUAUGUAUAUAUAUAACCCUAACCCUAACCCUAUAGCAGCCAUAGACUCCCCAUGUUAAUUUUUGGCGAAAAUUUGGGUUAGGGUUAGGGGUUAGGGGUUUGGGUUAGGGUUAGGGGUUAGGAUAAGGGAUGAAAACCACAGAUUCUUGAUCCUUUUUGGAAAUACACCCUCUUCCGAAUGUGGUAGAGACUUGGAAAUGGUGUCCCCCCCCCACUAAUUCGGCCAAGCCCGAUCGAAUGGUACCGACCCCGAGUCUCUAGGACCUCGGGAAGGGGGUGAAACGGGCAGAAAAUGAAAAAGGAUCAAUUCAAUUCAAUUCAAUUCAGUUUAUUUUGUAUAGCCCAGAAUCACAAAUUACAAAUUUGCCUCAGAGGGCUUUACAAUCUGUGCACAUGCGACAUCCUCUGUCCUUCCCUCACAUCGGCACAGGAAAAACUCCCCUAAAAAAAAAUCCUUUAACAGGGAGAAAAAAGGAAGAAACCUAUGGGAGAACGACAGAGGAGGGAUCCUUCUCCCAGGAUGGACAGAAUGCAAUAGAUGUCAUGUGUACAGAAUGAACAGCAUAACAGUUCUUAGAUACAACACAUUCAAUGUAUAUGACAUAAAUGAUUCAUAUAAUAAGACUACUUAUAAUAACAGCAGCAAUUAUUACAGUAGAAUUAUAGCCAUGAAAAUAGGGAUAGUAAUGUGACUAAUAAUAAUAAUGGAAGUAGCAGUGGGUGUCAGUCGGCUCACAGCAGGAGGCACGACUACGGUCCAGGUACCACAACGAUUCAUGGAAACCUGCAGAACGAGAAAGCAAAAGGGCUUCAGGGUGGAAGUAAAGCUAAAAUGCUUAAUGGUACAGGUAAUAGUAAUAGUAAUGUGACUAGUAAUAAUAAUAAUGGUGGUAGCAGUCGGUGUCAGCAGGGCCGUAGCAGGAUGCACAUCCACGGUCCAGGUACAGCCACGAUUUAUAGAAGCCUGCGAAGCGAGAAAGCACAAAGACUCCAGGGUACAAGCAAGUCAAUAAGCGUAAUAGUACAGGCAAUAAUAAUAGUAAUGUGAUUAAUAAUGAUAGUGGUAGUAGUAGUGGGUGUCAGCAGGGCCUCAGUAGGUGGCACGAUGACAGUCCAAAUAUAACCCCGAUUCCUGGGAACCUGCGAGGCGAGAAAGCACAAGAACUCCGGGGAAGAAGCAAAAUCAGUAAUGUGCAUAAAUAGGAGAUUAAUACAUAAAGAAGGAGGGAGAGAAGAGGAGAGAGGAGCUCAGCGUAUCCUAGGUAGUCCCCCGGCUGUCUAGGCAUAUAGCAGCAUAUCUAGGGGCUGGACCAAGGAGAACCUGAGCCAGCCCUAACUAUAAGCGCUAUCAAAAAGGAAGGUCUUAAGCCUGCUCUUAGUGGUGAGUGUGUCUGCCCCCCGGACUGAAACUGGAACCUGGUUCCACAGAAGAGGAGGCUGAUAACUGAAGGCUCUGGCUCCCAUCCUACUUUUAUAUACUCUAGGAAGCACAAGUAACCCUGCAUUGAUUGAGCGCAGCUCUCUAGUUGGGUAAUAUGGAACUAUAAGUUCCUUAAGAU